UUUUUUUUGUGAGAGAGAGAGCCGACAAACCUCUGGGACGCUGCAGGAAGGACUCAUACUUAUACUCUUCUUCACUUCUUCUUCCUCUUCUCCUCUUCCUCCCUCUUCGCCUCCCUUCUUCUUCUUCUUCUCUCUCUACUCUUCUCUGUGUCUUUGUCUCCAAUGCAAAACUCUCUCCCCCGGCUCCGACGCGGACAGCGGGCCUUCCUGUAGCCGACGCCCCGGCCUCCCCUCUCUCCCUCCGGCCGGCGGUGGCCUGCCAGCCGAGCCCCCGCUGAGGUGGCCUGGUUCCCGGGGAGCGCUGCUGCAGAGCGGCCGGCGGAGGGGAUGCUUCUCCCGGAUUGAAGAGGGAGGGAAGGCAGGAAGAUGUCCGGCAGGAUGCCUCUGACCCCGGUGAGCGAGAGAGAGUCCGAGCAGCUAAAGACUUCAGACAGCCUCCCUGAGCCGCCGGCCCCACCCACCAAAUCAUCGAGCCGACACAGUCUGCCGCCAUGUCGCAGCGCCGUGUCGUCCAUCGCAGACGAACAGCCGCACGUCGGCAACUACCGCCUGCUGAAGACCAUCGGCAAGGGCAACUUCGCCAAAGUCAAACUGGCCAAACACAGUCUGACAGGACGAGAGGUCGCCAUCAAGAUCAUCGACAAAACUCAGCUGAACCCCACCAGUCUGCAGAAGCUCUUCAGGGAGGUCAGUGUGAUGAAGAUCCUCAACCACCCAAACAUCGUGAAGCUGUUUGAGGUGAUUGAGACGGAAAAAACUCUGUACCUGGUGAUGGAGUACGCCAGCGGAGGUGAAGUCUUUGACUACCUGGUUGCUCACGGACGAAUGAAGGAGAAGGAGGCCAGAGCCAAGUUUCGACAGAUUGUGUCUGCAGUGGAGUACUGUCACCAGAAGAGGAUUGUACACCGGGACCUCAAGGCAGAGAAUCUUCUGCUGGACGCCGACAUGAACAUAAAGAUCGCAGACUUUGGCUUCAGUAAUGAGUUCACGCUGGGCAGUAAACUGGACACGUUCUGUGGAUCUCCACCUUACGCUGCUCCUGAACUCUUCCAGGGGAAGAAGUACGACGGGCCGGAGGUGGACGUCUGGAGUCUGGGAGUGAUUCUGUACACGCUGGUCAGCGGCUCGCUGCCCUUCGACGGACAGAACCUCAAGGAGCUGAGGGAGCGUGUUCUCAGAGGAAAGUACCGGAUUCCCUUCUACAUGUCGACGGACUGUGAGAACCUGCUGAAGAAGCUGCUGGUGCUCAACCCGGGGAAACGAGGCAGUCUGCAGCAAAUCAUGAAGGAUCGAUGGAUGAACGUCGGCUACGACGAGAAGGAGCUGAAAACGUACAACGAACCGGAACAAGACUUCAACGACCUCAAACGCAUCGAGCUGAUGGGGACGAUGGGCUUCCCUCAGGAGGAAGUGACGAAGGCGCUGGAGGGUCAGAAAUACAACGAGGUGACGGCGAUAUACCUGCUGCUGGGGAGGAAAACUGCUGAGUGCGAUGGCAGUGAGUCCUUGUCCACCGGUAACCUGGUGCAUAGGUCACGACCCAGCAGCGACCUCAACGGCUCCAGUCAGUCGCCCGCCCACUCUCGCAACGCGUCGGCCAGUCAGAAGCAGCGGCGUUUCAGCGACCACGUGGCGCCCUCCAUCCCUCCACCCGUCUCCUACACAAAGCGAGGUCAUGCCAACAGCGUGGAGAGCGACAGGAAGGAAGAGCCGCCGUCACCCAUAGGAGCUCCAGACCGUAGGAGGUCAGCCACAGCCUCAGGGAGCAUCACCAGGAGGAACACGUAUAUUCAUGAGAGGACGAGCACCGACCGCCACUCGGCUGUCGUUCCAAACGGGAAGGACAGCAGUCUACCUGAGGUACCUGCAGCAUCCCCCUCCCCGUCGCCGGGGGCAACCAUCUCGUCCGCACGCCCCCGUCACGUCAAGUCCAUGUCGGCGUCGGGACAUCCCAUGAAGUCCUGCCUGCCCCCCAUCGACGACAACGUAGAGUAUCAGAGGUGACUCCCCCGGCAGCCUCCGUCAUCACCCUCCGCCUUCAGCGUCACCAGCAGCAGCAGCACGACUCCGGACCGGACCCGCUUCCGUGGCUCCUCCAGCCGCUCCACCUUCCACGGCGCUCAGCUCCGAGACCGACGGUCCGCCACCUACAACGGCCCGCCGGCCUCGCCCAGCCUGUCGCACGCCGCCGCGUCCAUGGCAACGGGCCGCCGAGGCACCUCCAGCUCGCUCAUCGGCAAGAUCACCUCCAAGUUUGUACGCAGGAGUUUAUCCGGUGAGCCCAAAGAGGAGGUGCGGGACUCCAAACCCCGCGCCCUGCGCUUCACCUGGAGCAUGAAGACCACGUCCUCCAUGGAGCCGGGGGACAUCAUGAAGGAGAUCCGGAGGGUCCUGGACGCCAACAACUGUGACUACGAGCAGCGCGAACGCUACUCGCUGUUCUGCGUGCACGGCGACGCGCGGCAGGACAGCCUGGUCCAAUGGGAGAUGGAGGUGUGCAAGCUGCCCCGCCUCUCGCUCAACGGCGUGCGCUUCAAGCGGAUCUCCGGCACGUCCAUCGCCUUCAAGAACAUCGCCUCCAAGGUGGCCAACGAGCUCAGGCUGUGAACGACUUCCAGUUACUGUCCAAAAGGAGAAUACCUCACAGAGCGACGCCCCACCCAGAGCGACGGCGGCCAUCUUGGUUUCAGCACCGCGCUAACUGCUGUAUGACUCAGAGAGAGACACACGUUAUUAUACUCAACACACUUACUAUUUAAUGUUCUCACUAAAUGUUUGCCCGUGAAACCAAAUAUUAAAGCUGAAGGUGCAGAUAUGUCCCCCCCCAAAUCAGUGAGGAGAUCCAGAACAAACAGCAGGAGCUAACGAGGAUGUUAACAUCUGUCACCGCCGGAUCGGAGCGAGACUUUGUUGGUUUAUCACUGUUUACAUGCACUUCACAUUUUUCCAAUGCCUUGGAAACUGAGUUCUGAACCAUCCAGUUAAGUGGGAAGAAGUCAGGCGGAUUAAAGCGGAUUACACCGGUAGAGUUUUGUUGGAGAAACCUGAUGAGUGUUGGGUUUGCACACAUUUCAUUUAUAAAUGUAAAUUAGCUCUACGCAGCAGUACGUUUUGAGGGAAAUGUGAAGACCAAACUCUAUGAAAUCUGGAGUUUUCAGUGCGUGUAAACAUUUUUAUCAGAUCUUUUUUUUUUUUUUUUUUUUUUUUUUGCUAACAGUGAUCUGGUCUCUGGAGUGCAGGUGAACAGUGAAACACGACCUCCGCUGUACCUGUGCAACUCUCCUGGUGCAUGAGUAGAACAGCAAGCCGAGUGUUUGUGUGUGUGUGUGUGUGUGUGUGUGUGCGUGUGUUAAGGAAUCAGAAUCAGCUUUAUUGUCUAAGUAUAUGCACAUAUGCAAGAAAAGUGGACUUGCUCUAAAUGUACGGACACAAAUGGAAAUAGACGGGGAUAAAAAAGCAGCAUAAUUCAGACACCAAGUGUAUUAUUUACAUUUGAAGUUUUGGCCCCAGAAGAAGAAUAAAUAAAUGAUUCAAACUUCCAUUUACGCGACAUCUAAAAGUGUAACAUGACAAGUGAGAAUAGCGUCAGAAAAUGGAUUUUGAUUUUGUUUUCCAGUGCUGAGAAGCGUCCGUGACCCUCGAUCAUUAUUGAACCUAAACGAUGCAACUGGGCUCUAAAUAUUGAUUCUGCUUCUCUUUGGGCCCUCUGCAGUCUACUCAGUGUUAGAUUGUAGAUUUUUAAACUGUGAUUUGUUAGUCCAUCGUAUGUUCGGCUGAUAUUCCAAUAGUAAUAACACUACACUAACCUUCUAUUUCUAUUAAGGAGCUUUGCUAAAGUAAGACAUUACCAAUUAUUAUUGGCUAUAUUAUUGUUUAAGAUGAUAAGCUUCCAGUUACUUUUAUCAAUGACUGGUCAUUUAUUUUGAUCUUAUUCAGCUGUUGCUCAGAGGGAUCUUCUUCUCUUUCUGCUCUUCCAAUUGUCAGUCUGGUUAAAUUGUUGUGCCUCGUUUAAAACAAACCCUUCCUACAAAAUAGCAUCUAUUUGGAAAGACCCGUCCACCAAACUUCAUGACAACCAGGCCAGUAGUUCGUAUUACUGCUGACAAACUAACAAACAAACUGAUCCAAAAACAUAGCAUCCUUUGGUAAAGCUAUAAGGAAAAAGAACUGGAGUUCCUGGUCAAUUUAGCAGCAAAAGAAAAGAGACACUCCAAAGCAGAGAUAUUGGAUCAUCUUUGAAAGAAUAUUUAAUGCAGAUUUUCCUGACAUUCUGUCUGAGCUGGUUAAACCGCCACCAGUUUGGAUGCUUUUCGUGAAGCGUUUAGAAACUACAUGUUGUUGGUUUCUUCUCCUGAUUUUAAACGUCCGUCAAUCACCUGUUAUUUAGAUACGACGUUUGCAGCAAAUAUCCAGUUGCACAGUUGAGUUGCACGGUUUACAGUCGAGGUGAUGAGUCAUGAAGCGUGACGUACAAUCAGUGACAUCAUCCUCCCUGUUGGUUGUGUGCCUGUGACCUCUGACCUCCCCUGUUGGCUGAUGUUUAUACUAUUGCAAUAAUCCUGGAGUUCCUGGUCGACGAUGUCAGCAGUUCAAACACAAACUGUAAUGCUUUUUUUUUUUUUUUUUGCUUUUUACACAUUUACAGCUGACAGAACAGAAUGUGUUUUUAUUAUUUUAUUAUUAAUAAUGCUGUAUAAAACCAAACCUGUCCAGGUGAAUUUGUGCAGGUACAGUAUUGAUCAGUCUGUUUUUAUUUGGUCCACACUGUCGACAUUCAUUUUGAUUUCACUGAAAAUAUGACUUUAUUAUUAAUAUUUCAAAGAUUUUAACCAUGGCAUAAAACUUGAACCGAUCAUCAAACCAGAACCACAACCACAAUGUCCCCUGUUCAAACUGAAAGGAUCAGUCUGGUGUUUUUUCUACAUGUAUACAUAUUUUUUUUUUUUUAUAAUCAACUAAUUUCAUGUGCUUCCUGUCUGUGGCUCUCAGCUCCAAACCCAUUGGUUCCUAAUGGAGAUGUAAAUCUAUAAAAAAAAAAUCUAAUUUAUAGGCUUGUUAAUUACCUAAAACAGCUGGUGACUGUUGUUUUUAAUUAAAAAUAAAAUUAAAAAACAGGAGGAAAGCGGCGGAUUAAUCCACAUUUCUUGCUGUAGUAAACAUUUAGACUUUGACACACACACAAUACCUGUCAGUUAAUACUAUUUGUUUUGAUCUCUUCUUGUUGGGAAGAAGCGAGAUGUAGAAAAUCACCAGAUUCAUCCUUUUAAAGGACUAUUGCACCAUAAAUGUGUCCUUUUUCUUGCUGAUUCCUGGCGGAUAACUCUGUCUGUGUUCCACCACUGAAUGCCUUCUGAAUGUACUGCUUUGUAUUCCCGAUGCAUUCAGUUGUCCCAGAGGAAAAAAAAAAAAAAACGAGCAGUUUGUGGGGUUUAAGUGUUUCUGUAUAUUUUGAAUUUUGUUCCCACUAAUCCACAGAUCCUGUGCAGUGUCGAGGUUCUGCGGGGUUCCACCGUGCGAUGGUUCUCCGUCGCUACUGAAUCUGGAGGACACUUUGCACUGUUUUCGUUUUUAGCACUUAAAAACACCAGGAAGGGAACAAACGAUGCAAAAACCCUCUCGUCUCCAUCUGACGGGGAGGGGAGAGGCGGGAAUAAAAAAAGGUGUGGAUACGACGCUGCCUUCAUGUCACCUGAGGGAAGACUGUAAAUCUGAGCCUCUUACUUGAAAAAAAAAAAAAAAA